CGUUUAUAUAUUUGUUCAGUAUAGCUCAUUAAGAGUGAUAAUUUCAUUAGUGGUGAUGCUGAUGUUAGGAUUCUGUUUUUAAAGGUUUAUCUUAAACCUGGAGUUUAUUUAGUGUCAUUUCAGCUCAGAGCUUAAUAGCUAUUUGUCAGAGGAAAUACACAGUUCUUAUGCAUACAGACAGUGGGUAAACCUAUUAAUGAAUAUAAAAUAUGAACCUUCAAUUAUGAAUGCCUGUCUUAUUGUCGCAUUGCUAAUUAUCUCUGUAUUGUCUCUAGAAAAGUGGAGCUUUUAUUAUGUGCCCAUUAUGGCCUUAUUUGAUGUUAUUGUCAUUGUAAUAGAUGGGGGACAUACAGUAUGUUCAAUGAUAAUACAAUACAGUAUUACAAUGCUGUCGCUUUAAAUUAGACAUCCUAUUCCCUCACUAUCAAGAGCUUGAUGGUGGAACUGGGACCCAAUGUAAUUAUGUCUUGUGUAGUUCGUGGGAACUGAAUUUUGACUAGGAUACUGCCUCUGGUAGCCUAACUGAGAAACCCUAAGAAACACAAGUAGUGGUCCAUUGGUAAAUAAUAGGCCACAUCAGACAUAAUAAAACCUUGGAGGACUACUGAAGUAACAAUAAGACGUUUAAAUAUGGAGAGGUGCACCCCUGGAGUCUGUGAAGGGAUGCAGGUGUAGUAGGCGGCCUAUAGCUUCCCGCCCAUGUACACUAGGGGGCGGCACCGCGCGGUGAAACACUGCUUCCCAUUAGGUAGCUUAUACAGGCGCCUGUGCGGGUAUAGCCUAGCGCUAGGGCACCUAUGGCACGGAUAGGACUGAUUGUAAUAAAUUGUAAAUAAGAAGUCUUGAGGCACAUUUAUUCUACUGUUAAUGUUCAUGAAAGAUUGGAAAGACGCGCAAAGACGCACGCCCCACCUCGCCAAAUUGUGCGACAUUGAGCAACCUUCACAGUUCCAUUUCUGUAAAUGGCCAGUUCACAAAUCUAACCGCUGUGCGGCGGUAAAGCUCCAAGAUAUAUAGCCUACUGUAGGCUGUCUGAUCGCUGACACUGUCGGUGUGAUCGAGGCGUAACCACUCAUCAUCAAGAGAACAUCGCGUAGUUGUAGAGUGGGCGUUCUUGUACGGAACCGGCCGAACGAGUGUUCACAAAUUGAAGGGCAUAGGCUACCAAACUGUGCAAGCCAUAACGGUUUAAUCGACGCAGCAUUUGCAUUCGCCGUGUAAAGGUUGUUUUAUCAUUCAGAAGCUAGUAAGCGCAACGGGUGAAUAUGGAUGUACACCUCGUUUGUUUAUGAAAUGUAUCUGCCUCCCGUGAGCGUGGAACCUCGAAACACUUCACUUUGCAGCGUACCUGUCCUGCACUCGGACAUCGCCAGUGUGGAACGCGCUUGGAUGCCGAUGGUUACAUUUGAAGAACGUCAGGACAGGCAGGUCUGAUAUUAUAAAAGUAUCGUAAAGGGGAAAUGCUAUUUAAACCUCAUCCUCUGACAAGCAGUAAACACAGUAAUAGCCCAGACCUAUUCAUCGUCAGGAGAGGUAGGCGCCGAACAAGCAUCAGGCUAUACUCAACUAACCAAGUCUUCAUUCAGAGGGUUAUUUCGUCGUCUGACAUCCUUUCAUCUGUAAUCUUGACUGAACAGUGAGUUUGUGGGAGAUGAAUCCAGACAACCAGAACCAAAGCCAGCCACAGCCUGAGAACCCACCUGGACUAGCAGAGGUUUUAACCCCCACUCCAGCAGCACCUCCAGGCACAGAAGCCCCAGCCUCCGACCCUUCUGCCUCUGCUCCUGCUCCUCAACUGUCAGUCCCAGCGCGGCCUCAACGGCCUCAGAGGACCCCUAGAAUAGAGGGCUCUGUGGACGUCUGUGAUCCCAAAUCUGACCCUCCAGAGGCCAACCAGGACCGAUCCACUCAUGAUGCUCCAGCUGGGGCCAGCCAUUCUAAGCCCCUGCGGCCUGGAGCAGCCAAGCCCCUUGGGGGGCAUGGGGGGGCCACUGAAACCACUCUGAAGGCUGGCCCUAAAGUCCCAGGCCACCCCCCAGGGGCCAGGAGCCCCAUCUCAAUGAGGGCAGCCUCAGUGCCCCAGCCACCGUCCUCCAGGUCUAUACCUCCCCAUCUCAACCCUCAUGCCCAGAGGGCCUUCUCUGUGGCGGGCACCGCGGACACACAGUCCCAGGUGGUGGAAGACUUCAGGGUGCACCUAAUCACAUGGAAUGUGGGCGGUGCCAUGCCGCCAGAUGACAUCACUGCUCUGCUGGGGUUGCACAUUGGGGAUGGAAACACAGACAUGUAUAUAAUUGGGCUACAGGAAGUCAACUCAAUGAUCAACAAAAGGCUGAAAGACGUUCUCUUCACAGACCAAUGGAGCGACGCCUGCAUGGAGAGACUCAGCCCCUUUGGAUACGUACUGGUGACGUCCCAGCGGAUGCAGGGGGUGUUGCUGCUGGUCUUUGCUAAGUACUACCACCUCCCCUUCCUCCGAGGGGUGCAGACAGAGACCACCCGCACCGGCCUGGGGGGCUACUGGGGUAAUAAAGGGGGUGUGAGUGCGCGCAUGUCUGUGUUUGGUCACACCAUCUGUUUCUUGAACUGCCACCUGCCGGCCCACAUGGAGAACUCGGAGCAGCGCAUGGAAGACUUUGAAAGCAUCCUGCAGCAGCAGCAGUUUGAAGGCCAGGCUGCCACAGGGGUGCUCGACCACGAUGUGGUGUUCUGGUUUGGAGAUCUGAAUUUCCGCAUUGAUGAACUGGAAAUUCCGGCAGUGAAAGCAGCCAUUGAUAACAACAAACUCACCAUGCUGUGGGAGAAAGACCAGCUGAACAUGGCCAAAGACAGCGAGUCGGUGCUGGGGGGAUUUCUGGAGGGGCCUCUCAAAUUCCCCCCCACUUACAAGUUUGACGUGGGGACAGAUACAUACGAUACAAGUGGGAAGAAGCGUAAGCCUGCGUGGACAGACAGGAUCCUGUGGCGUCUCAGGGCCACAGCUCCCUCUGGGCCGGCCCCUAAUGCUGGUAAGAGAGGCUCUAUUUUAGGGCUGAGCAGCGGAAUCAAGGUCACCCAGCACUUCUACCGCAGUCACAUGGAGUACAUGGUCAGCGACCACAAGCCUGUCUCCUCCAUAUUCACCCUCCAGUUCCCCUAUAAGGUGGACAACGCCCUGGUGACGAUCAUGGUGGAGGAUGAGUGGAACAGCAUUGCAGACGCCACCUGCACAUUCAAGGCUGCGCCUAAUUUCGCUCGCAGCUCCUGGGACUGGAUUGGGCUGUACAAGGUGGGAUUCAAACACCAUAAGGACUAUGUAGGCUAUGUGUGGGCCAAGCAGGAGGAGGCUGAUUACCAUAGAGUAGAACACGAGGUGACCUUUACUGAGGAAGAGUUGCCCAAGGGCUCAGGAGACUUCAUCUUGUGUUACUAUAGCAACAACAUGAGCACCCUCGUGGGUGUGACAGAGCCUUUUCAGAUCCAGCUGCCCACCUCCAGCCCCGCCGGUAGCCCCUCUGACGACAGCUCUGAUUUCACCUCUGAGGAUGACAGCACCGUGGUUGGUAUGAAGACCAUGUCCCGCAGUCCCAGCCCCCGGAAAAAGAAGCACAGAGCCCGACGCAGCCAUAGCCGCAGUCCCAGCCACAGCCGUAGCCGCAGUGGCAGCCCUGCGCUGCCCGAAAUGAAGGGCCUCAAGCUGCAGCUUGGCUCGGCCCACAACACCACAGAUGGGGUGAAGGAGAAGGCCUCAGCUGAGGCUGGGGAUAGAGGGUUGUGAUGGAGCCCCUGUUAUCCAGCUCUCACAUGACCAACUCUGUGUGGUUUCUUUAUACAUGAUGCACUGUACUGUAUUGUAUGUUUCCUUUAUUGAAAAUGUACAUUUUCGGGUGCCAUUUGUUUCAGGACUGGGGUUAGGCUUCUGGUACAAGAAGACUACUUUGUCUUGUGUGAUUUUUCAUAAGCUGUUUUCAAAUGUAUAUCUCCCAGUAGAUUCUCUCAUUCCUCUCACACUCUCUCUCUCACUCUGUCACUCUUCCCUCUCAGGCGUAGAAAAUACAGGGAGCUUUUGGCUGAUUUUAAGAGAUCCUUACAUGGCAAAUCAUUUCCAAAUCUCAGGCAGAGGGAAUUGGCCACCAAAUUAAUUUUGGGUCCAUUUCGCCAGUUGUUUCACAGAUAUUUUGAAGCAGCAUAAUAUUUAGCCCUCGUUAUCAGCCCUGGUGGCUUAGUCAGCAGGGUAGCAUGUGUGUGAGCAUGAGCCAAUGCUGUCUUUUGAUGAGGUGAACAAUUAGUUUGACUCCCAAAGGGAACAUUCCUCGCAAAUAGUAAUAACCCGGCCCACAAGUGGUUUUUCAUUUGAGUUUUGGGUCAAAAAAGACUGUAGAAUUUCAAGGAAUUCAGCAACAAAUGACUUUAAUUUAGUAAAUCUGUUCCAAAGUAUUCCCACGAAUAAAAAAGAGACAUGUGGUUGGGUUUCAAUGUAAUCAAGGUAUGAAAUUAAUGUUAUUUUCAAAUACAAUUUAUUUUUGGGCUUAGUUGUGGUUAGUUUGCAGUGUACUAAUUAUUAUAAUUAUGCUCCCGACCAUCCGAUCCGACAAAAAUCAGCCCGCGGCUGAAUCAAGUUGCCUACCCCUGCCUUAGGAAUUGGGCCAAGGAGAUGAAGAUAGAGAAAUGUGAUUCCAAUAGCAUCCUUUGUGUUAGACAGAGUUCUAAAUGCUAGGUGUAGUAUAUGGGUACCUGCCCUUCUUCAUAGACUCUUGUGAGUUGUGAGCUCACCUCUGAGCGGCAGGUCUUUGUAAAACUAUCCCAAGGCUUGACUGCAUGGGUCACUUAAAUGCCAUGAUGAAAAAAUAAGGUAAAACAUUUUCACCUUCAGGGUACUGGUGUUUCCAGUUCUCUUAUUUUCUUAUCUGCUCUUCACCUCUCUUUUUUCCUCUUUCUCUCUCGCUCUCGUGUCCCCUCUCUCCCUUUUUCUCUAUUGGUGAUGGUGAUUAGCUAAAACUGUUCUGUCACUAGUAGUGAUGUGUUGGAUUGUUAGCCUGUGACCUCCAAUGUGCCACCCUAGACACUUUGUACCUAUGGGCUGUUAGCUUAGGACAGUGUGUGCUGUUGUACUGAAAUUCAUUGUGAGUGUGUUCAUGUAUGUAUGCCACUGUAUGAGUGUGUUUUAUGAAAGGGUGUGUGUGUGUGUGUGUGUGUGUGUGUGUGUGUGUGUGUGUGUGUGUGUGUGUUUUGGGUUUACAAAAGUGAGUGUGUAAUUGUGUAUGACUGAUAGUGAUGUGUGUAUGCGCUUGCAUGGUUUUCUGGACAUACUGUACAUUCCGGUACUGUGAUUUUGUGCCGUUAAAAGUGCUGUUUUUGACUAGUCUUUGUAAAAUAACCAGCUGUUGAGAAGUGUUUGGAAAAAAUGUUAUAUUGACAGUGUAAACACAAAAUGAUAUGCUAGAUAUAGUAGCUACACAAGGAAUAUGAAAGACUGAAAUAGUUUGCUUGCAGAACAACAAGAAAGACAAUUUAUUUCAUCCUAUUUAAAUGAUACAAAAUACACUGUAGAUGGUGUGAAGCUCAUCCAAGGUAAAUGAUCAGCGCUGCAUAUGUACAAGUGAACUUGGUUUUUUGUUGUUGUUAUCCAUUGAUUAUGUGUAUCAAUUAAUAUAACUGAAUUGAUUCAAAGUAUGGUUAUAGAAAAGGUGAUAAGGAAAGACUAGAUCUGAAAAUCUAAUUCAAUUGUCUUUUGUUAUUUUAGUCUUUGGAAAUGUCUCUCUCCCACACUGUAUGUGGAAUUUAAAAUAUAUGAAUAAGGAAUGUUAUUGAAAGCUUAUAAUGUAUUUAAAACAGAUUAGAGUAGGCUAUGCACUGUAUGUAAAUGACAAAUAUCAAAUAGAGAACAUAUGACAAUCAAUGUCAAAAUAUUAUGCAUUUAUUUUCUUAUUUUAUUGUGUCAAAUGAGAGCCUGAAUUCUGAUGGCAAGUGUGGGAGAAUCAUUUUAAAGCAAAAGGGUUUGAAGUUCAAGUUCUAUUUAAUUUAAUAGACUAUAUAGUGUAUACAUAUUUGUUUUAUCUUUAUUUUACUUUUAUAUUUAUUCAUGCACACAACAUAGUUUUAUGUGGAGGCAAAAAUAAACAACCUCUUUUCAAAAGUCAUUUUUAGUUAACUGUAUUGGCUCUGCAAGCUUGUAUGUGAUUGGGAUUAAAACAUCUGGACAACAUUACAGAGGCUUGAAUUGGCUAGUUGUUGAAUGUUGAUAUUAGAGAGCAGGGUGUGGACCCAUCCAGGGGGGUCAGGGGGUCAGGGCACAGAGGGGGAACCCCUGUGCUUUCCAGGUCAACACCUCUGUCCAGGUCAAAAAAUAAAACCCCUCUUUAAGCUGUA